CUGAAGAUCUAAGGGUAAAUCGACAGAUAGAAAAUUGGUCGUCUAAUUUGAUGCUGCCUAUGAUGCUGAUGAGAGAAAAACUUAAACAAUCUAUCUACCAAAAUUUGAAUUCUUGUUCGUUAGAUCUUUCGUUAUCUUCCAGGGGUAGAUCGAGAACCUUCGAGGAAAACUCAGGUGGAGGAUUCGUAUGCAGCGAUUGUGGAAGAACCUAUAAACUCAAAAGUUCAUUAAGAAACCAUCAAAAGUGGGAAUGCGGUAAAGAACCGCAGUUCAAGUGUCCGUACUGCUCCUACAGAGCCAAACAAAAGAUGCAUAUGGCGAGGCACUUAGAGCGAAUGCACAAAGAACUAGAUUUUUCGAAUGUGAAGCAUGAAAUGAAGAGUGGUACGAGAGGCGCUGAUCUUCAAUCAAAGGAUGCCAGUAAUAACAAUACAGAUUGAACAAAUGCUCACAACAAAUACUCCACUUAAUGAUAUAAUAAAGAUAUUUUUUUUCCGUUGACUUAGAUAAAAAAGGACGACCCACAAUAUUUUGAAUCUUUAAAGUAUUUAUUAAUGAAAAUAUUUACCUAAUAAUUGGGUUUGAAAACUGACAUGAAACUAAAUUGUGAUCUCAUGUUGUGAGAAUAAUUCCACCUACUACUUAAAAAUUGUGAUGACUUGUGAUUUGAUAUUAGUGCCUUUAGGUUCUUUUUGGUCUCAAAUGUGGCGUUCCGUAGGAAUUUGUAGAAAAUUACGUUAGAAAUGCAUCUGUUAAGUUUGGAAUGCUAAUUUGUUGAUACUGUUUUGUUUAAUUUUGCCUUGAAAUAUGCAAGUUUUAUAUUUAACCAUUCAUUUAUUAAGUUCAAUGGGGUCGACGACUAGCUAGCAAAAGCUUUACUUGCUCAUAAGUAAAGAAAAGUGAUACUGCUAGGCUGGGAAAGAUCAGAACGAUGCUUAUACGUCAAUAGUUUUAUGAUAGAAAACUAUAUAAUCAGUAUGAACGUAAUCAAAAAAACUGCCCAUAUAGUAUACGUAUUAAUAUUUUCAGAACAGAAUAAAUUACUGUAUUCGUAAUCGACCAAUAGUCAGGAAUUAGUUACAGAAAGUAUCCCUCAUAAAACCAGUUUCUAUUUUUUCCUAAUUCAGGUUGUAUCUCAUUCAAUGUAAUGAGUCUAAAAACAUUUAAAAGCUAAAUCAGGUAAUAGUUUUGUUGUUGAAAGGCUUACCUUUUCAAAGAAACUAUAGUAUAGGUCAGUCUUAAGGACAGAGCAGAGAUCCUGCAACUAAUUCGUGCAAAUAAUAUUAUGUAUGUAGCUCCAUGUCUGAUUCAGUGUACGGUGUUUCCGCAACAAAAGCAUGUUCCUAUUUUUGUGAACCUUUACAGAAUGUGAUAGAAAGUAUUUUUUACUCUCUGAAUAUAAAUGACACGUGCCUUUUUACAUUUACAUAUUUAUAUGCAUUUUUGUACUUUUAUACUGAAAGAUAUUAUUAUUAGGGUCAAGAUAAUGAUGAACUAAAAAUAAUCUCAGAUGGGCUUGAGGCCGUACGUCACUUUUUCCCCUUUUUUUCAACUACCUGUUUGCAACAGUAUUUUAACUCCUUUUCAUCUCAUUACUUCAUGAUGUGUAGAGAGAUGACUGAAAUAUCGUUUUUAAUUUUGUUUUGUCAUAAAAUGCAUUUUUUGUGGAUUGUUCUUCGAUCAUAACUUGUUAACAAAUAAUAGUACAGCCCUGAAAUUGUAUGUGAGUAUUCCACUUUUAUGGAUGAAUGAAACAAGUGAUUACUUUCAUUCUUAUCGAUUUUCUCUUCGAAAAAUAUGUGCUUUUCUUGAAAACUCAACUUGCUUCGAGAUGAGGCUCUACAAGAUUUUUCGAAAAGGAAAAAUGAUAAGAACAAAAGUUAAUAACUUGCUUCAUUUUUCCAUAAAAGAGGAAUAUUCACACACUAUUUUAGAACUGUACUUAUAUUUGUUAACGGGUUCCGAUUGAAGAGAAAAUGCACAAUAAAAUACGCAAAAAUGCAUUUUUUGGCAGAAAAAUGUAAACAUUGUUUUUUAGUCAUCUCUAGACACACCAUGAAAUUAUCAGAUAAAAAGGAUUUAGAGUACUGCUGCAAACAGGUAGUUGAAAAAAAAAUCUAAAAAAGGGUCGUACCCAAAACCUUAAAUCUGAUAAAGAUCAUGUCUAGGCUUUAUUUUUUUCUUUCAAGAAUAUUUCUAUUCGGUUCCUCAUGUAUUCCUAAGUUGAUCUUAUUUAAAAUAUAGUUUUAGUUGCGUAAUAUCUGCUGCUUUAAUAGGUUGUUGGGAAGGUUAGGUUAAAGUUAGAUAAUAAGACAUGUAUGUAUUCUUAUAUCGGACUAUAUACGGUUUUGAGAAUUGUCCUUACUACUUGAAAGGGAGUGACAUUUUAAAAAUGAUAAUUUUACUAAUCUACUUUCAGUAACUUUGAAAUGUAGUGCCUUCAGAUUAGAUUUUGGACACAUGUGGUAUUAUGGGCUGUGCUAUUUUCGUUUGAAACGUAGGACUGAGCCCCCAUUUAAAUGGUAAACAUUUCGUUCCACUUUUACAUAUCUCGUAUUUUACUUAAAAGAGAAAUUUUAAUAAAACAAUCAAUAUAUAAACAUCUCGUUCCAAAAUAUUUCAGAUACUUAUAAAUAAUUUUAAUUUGUUUCUAAAUUUUGGCAAUUAUAGCUGCGGUCACUUUGAAAUGUCUCAAAAAUGUUAUCCCAAAUAUUCACUUCAAAGUGCACUCGUAAGUUUUUGAACGAUAUAUUUAAUUUAACGCCAUUUCGUUUAUUGGACAUAAAAUUUGUCAAGGAUCUCAAUUCUCAUAACUCCAUUAAUACUCUAUAUACCAGUUUACCAAUACUCAGUUACACGUGUGAUGAAUCUAUAUGCUUAGAAAUAUAUGAAUAGUACCUAUUUACAGUUCCUCAAGUACAUAUCCGAACCAUUUACAUAUUACUAUAUUAAUAUAUUAAACAGUUGACCGAUCAUAUUUUAUACAGUAUGUACUAUAUAUAAAUGCUUUUUUAUAUGCAUGAUAUAUUUCGCAGCUUUGGCGGUUUCAGGUAAUGUUUUUCAAUAAAUAUUUUCAACGAACA